GUUCGAAUGUCCAUCUACAUUCUUCUCUACUCCACCCAACCCCAUUCUCUUAAUCUCCAUUCAUUCCAUUCUCUCUCUUUCUGAAUUUACAUCUGUACAGACCAUGCCUUCAUUCCUUCGAACCGUUGCUCGUUGUGCGUCCGUUAAGCCUCGCCGCACUAUUUCUGUUGCCACAAGCCAGAUCCGCCAUCUUUCCUCAACCUCACCUCUAGACCCAUCUGUUGGACUUACUGAUGACCAGAAGGAGCUCCAGAGCCUUGCACGCACCUUUGCGGAUAAUGAAUUCGCCCCAAAGAUGCAGGAGUGGGACGAGAACCAACACUUCCCUGUUGAUGUCCUUCGCAAGGGCGCUGAACUUGGUUUUGGAGGCCUGUAUACCCGUGAGGAUGUUGGAGGAGCUGGUCUUGGACGCUUGGAUACCUCCAUUGUUUUCGAGGCACUUUCCACGGGUGAUGUAUCGACUACAGCGUACAUCAGUAUCCAUAAUAUGUGUGCAUGGAUGAUCGACACUUUUGGUAAUGAGAAUCAACGUCAAAAAUACUUGCCCAAGCUCACCAGUAUGGAGCACUUUGCGUCCUACUGUCUGACGGAGCCAGGUGCAGGAUCAGAUGCUGCAAGUCUUGCCACCACGGCUGUCAAGAAGGGAUCUCAUUAUGUUCUGAAUGGGAGUAAGGCAUUUAUUUCAGGCGGAGGAUCGUCUGAUGUAUACGUGAUCAUGGCUCGGACUGGAGGACCUGGCCCCAAGGGUAUUUCAUGCUUCAUUGUAGAGAAGGAUUUCAAAGGGCUGAGCUUUGGAAAGAAGGAGAAUAAAUUAGGCUGGAAUUCACAGCCUACCAGAGCAGUCAUCAUGGAGGACUGUGAGGUCCCAGUUGAGAAUUUGGUUGGAGUUGAGGGCCAAGGGUUCUCCAUUGCCAUGAAGGGUCUCAAUGGAGGUCGUAUCAACAUUGGAUCAUGCAGUUUAGGCGCUGCACAGGCGUCGAUUGAAGCAGCAUUGGAGCAUGUCAAGGUUCGCAAGCAAUUCAACGAGCCAUUGUCUAACUUCCAAAACACUCAAUUCAAGCUUGCAGAUAUGGCUACCAGCUUGCUUUCUUCACGGUUGAUGAUCCGUCAAGCGGCGAUGAUGUUGGAUCAGAACCAUCCCAAUGUGGCGAGUUAUUGUGCGAUGGCGAAGCUUCAUGCUACCGAUGCAUGUUUCCAGAUCUGCGAUGACAGCCUGCAGCUGCAUGGUGGAUAUGGAUACUUGAAGGACUAUAAGGUUAAUGUUUAUCUGCGAGACGCGCGUGUGCACCGCAUUCUUGAGGGUACAAACGAGAUCAUGCGCAUCGUUGCUUCUCGUGCUCUUUUGGCUGAUUAAGGAAGUGAGCCAUAAGCAAUCCAUUAAUCUUAAAUAAAAUAAAAAUAAAAUAACAUUA